UUUCGAGUUCGUCCAAUUGGCACUCACUCCCAUGUCGGUGAUACGAAACCUGUCUCUCGGUGGUUGGGGUGGGGGAUGUUUUUACACUCACUAGCUGGCGUUUCCACUCCCGAUAUUUAUUUAUAAUAUUUAGCUCUGGCCAACCCUUUCCAGCUCUUUUUUCCCCUUCCCUGAUACAUACACACCAAGCUCCAACUUUUCCCAUGUGAUUCUCCGUCUGUAAUGACGGGCACUUUCGCCCAGUCGACGACAUCCUUUAUAUCUAUAUAUAUAUAUAUCUAUAAGCUUCUGAAACAGCAGCAGAGAGAGAUCUCUCCAAUACUUCGCCAUGUCGGGCCUGCGCCGUCGAUUUGGGCAGAUCUUCUCGACCUCUCCCCCGAGCUCUACAUCCGAGAUACCCGCCAUCUCUACCCCAGACGACAGCAACAAUAAUGACGGUAAUACCAACAGUAGCAGCAGCAAUAUCCUUUUGGCGCACAAGGAUGGAGAGCAGCUUCAUUUAGAAACGGACUUGAAGCUGCACCAAAUCCCCGUGAAGCGGAGGAGCAAGCGGCGCAAUGGGUUGAUAUUCGGACUCGGAGGCGUCUUUGGAAUAUUCUUGGCUCUUUUUUUCGCAAAUCAGAAUGAGGUUAUUAGCUUGGAUGCGCUGAUGGACCUAAAUUUGGAUUCUUUGAUUGAUGUUAUGCCCGCAGGCAUUAUCAGGGACGCAAGUCAAUUUUCGCAAACGGAACGCGCAGCUGUUAGCUAUGAUGCUUUCUCGGUUGGUCUCGGCCUCAAGGCCCAGGGCAUAGUAGCAAAGCACCCGGUCAUUAUGAUUCCUGGGGUCAUAUCAACAGGGUUAGAGAGUUGGGGAACGGACGAAAAGUCAAGACAAUAUUUCAGAAAAAGAUUAUGGGGAAGUUGGAGUAUGAUGCGAGCGCUCGUCCUCGACAAGGCCGGUUGGAAAAACCACAUUAUGCUGGAUAAGUUCACGGGCCUAGAUCCCCCCGGUAUUAAACUCCGCGCCGCGCAGGGGUUUGAUGCAACAGACUUUUUCAUAACGGGAUACUGGAUCUGGAACAAAAUUUUGGAAAAUCUAGCCACUAUUGGCUAUGACCCGAUUAAUGCGUUCUCCGCUGCUUAUGACUGGCGCCUUGCCUAUCUCAACCUUGAAAUGCGCGACCACUAUUUUAGCAGACUCAAGACCUACAUAGAGACGGCCGUGAAGCUUUCGGAUAAGAAGGUCGUGCUUGUUUCCCACAGUAUGGGCUCGCAAGUUGCCAUGUUCUUCUUCAAAUGGGUUGAGAGUCCGGAACAUGGAAAUGGAGGAGCUGACUGGGUAGAGACCUACGUCGAUUCGUGGAUUAAUAUCAGCGGCUGUAUGCUGGGAGCUUCAAAGGGAGUUCCAGCCAUUCUGUCAGGAGAAAUGAAAGACACCGCCCAACUUAACGCAUUUGCGGUCUACGGACUCGAAAAAUUUCUUUCCAAGGGGGAGAGAGCGGAGCUUUUCCGCGCGAUACCUGGCAUAUCAAGCAUGCUCCCCAAAGGCGGGGAGGCGGUUUGGGGCAACAAUACCUGGGCUCCAGAUGACCAAGAAGAUCAACCCUUUACAUUUGGCAACAUGCUUAAUUUCAAGGAGACGAAUUCGUCAGACACGCAACAGAACCUGACUGCUAAGACCAGCCUGCCGUUCCUCUUCAAACACACGGAGCAAUGGUACCGCGACCAGGUCCUCCAGAAUUACUCCCAUGGUGUCGCCCAUACGACGGAGGAGGUCGAAGCGAACGAAAAGGACCCGCGCACGUGGUUAAACCCGCUGGAAGCACGCUUACCCCUCGCCCCCAACCUGAAGAUCUAUUGCUUCUACGGGGUGGGCAAACUCACGGAACGUAGCUACUUUUACCACGAUGAUACCGAUCCGCUCUCGAAGCUCAAUGUCAGCAUCGACACAACAGUGACGAACGGGAUCAUAGAUCGUGGGGUGGUCAUGAGCGAGGGAGAUGGCACUGUCAACUUGCUCAGUUUGGGAUAUAUGUGUGCGAAAGGGUGGGGGAUUAAACGAUAUAACCCCGCGGGCGCGAAGGUGAAAGUGUAUGAGAUGCCUCAUGAGCCUGAUCGUUUCUCACCUCGAGGAGGGCCCAACACAGGCGACCACGUCGAUAUUCUUGGGCGGUCCUUGCUCAAUGAUCUAGUUCUUCGCGUCGCAGGGGGCAGAGGCGACAUGAUCGAAGAGAACUACGUGUCACGAAUAAGAGAGUAUUCCGACCGCGUCAAGGUUUACGAAGAAGAAUGAAGAAGUAAAACGAAAAAGUGCAGUAAUUAUACCUUACAUUAAUACCCCUCUGUGUAUAAAAAGAAAACGAAUUUCCUUCCCUUUCUCUAUUCCCAAGGACGGCUUUUCCCUGGUGUCUUUGCCUACCUCCACAUCCUCUCUAUCCAUAUCUUUUCCUAUUAUUUUCUCCCUUUUGCUCUAUUGGAAAGACUCCUGUGGAACGCAUUGCAUUCUCACUUUUUUUCCUUUCUUUUCUUUUCUUUUUUCCCCCCCCUUUUGGAUUCCAUCGUAUAUACCACUUCCGUUGUACCCGUUAUACUUUGCUUUAUACCACCCUCCUGUACAUCCUGCAUUGUUGUCGAUGACAAACAGCGGUGUUUUUGCCCGUGGUUCUCCUUGUACAAUGUUGGCCUUUUUGUAUCCGGCCUGCUUCUUUUCUUUCUUUCUUUCUUUCUUUCUUUCUUUCUUUUUCUUUUUUCUCUUCUUUCUUCUUUCUUCUUUUUUCUCUUUUUUCU